CCAGGAAGUUACACAAAUCGUUCGAAUGAGCCGGAAGGUCUCAGCUGAUGUUUACUUAAAGUUUCCCCACGUAAUGCCUCCAUUUUGUGUGGUCUAACGGGACGGGAGGGCACCAUGGGCAACACUGAGAGUGCGCUGGUGCAGAAGCGUCUGUCCCGCUUCCGUCCUGAAGAUCGGCCGGUGGUUGAAGGCGUGUUUGACGGGCUGCGACGAAACGUUGCGGCACGCGCAGGAAACACUCUCACGUUUGAUAUGUUGCAGUCGUCCAUGUCCAAGAUGGCCCCAAAGUCCAUGGUGGUGAGAUUAUACCAGUGCAUGUGCAGGAUCGACGUCGGACCAACCGCAUCCGGCAAAGUAAGCGUCGGCGCGGCUUCAGGAGUGACUCGAGAGCAAUUGGUCGUCUUCCUCGCCGACACCCUGCAGGGCACCGCGGAAGAACGAGCUCCUCUUGUUAUGGCCAUGUCGCAGGGAGCCUCAGAAAGCCCCACGAGUGUCACUACUGAGCAAGUCAUGCAGUUCUUGCAGGACCUCAUCUCUGCUGUAGUUCAGAUUGUUGUCACUAAAGGACGCCUUCAGGGGUGGAACCCUGAAAAUAUGCCACAUGGCUCUCUUGGUGUCAAGCUUUUGGCGGAGCACCUUUGUUCAGAACUCAAACCCACAGACCAAGGCGGCUGUGAUGUUGCCUGUUUGGAAGACUGGAUCUUCAGAGUACCCCAAGUAUCUUCAUACCUGCUGACGCUGGUAGCUGAAGGGAUGAACGUGUCGCUAAGUACACAAUCGACUCGCACCAACCUGCUACCUCCUUGUAAAGACACGCCGUGGAAAGGGCUGAAGUGUCUGCUGGACAUUCCCACGCUCAUGUUUCUGGCGCCACAGCUGCCUGACGGACACAGCGCGCCUUGGAGGCUGGUGUUCUCCACGCUGCUGCACGGCGAGAGCUUCACCAGGAUGGUGGCCGGCCUGACGCAGUGCGGGCCCACUUUGCUGCUCAUCAAAGACACGAGGGGACACGUUUUUGGGGGUUUUGCCUCCCUCAGCUGGGGGGUCAGACCUCAGUUCCAGGGUGACUCCAGAUGCUUCCUGUUCUCUGUGUUCCCCACAAUGAGAGUUUAUGCAUGGACAGGUUACAACCAACACUUCAUGUACCUCAACCAGAACCAGCAGACCAUGCCCAACGGACUGGGAAUGGGCGGCCAGCAUAAUUACUUCGGCUUGUGGUUGGACAGUGAUUUUGGACGCGGUCACAGCCGUGCACGGCCAAAGUGUACAACCUUUGGCAGUCCUCAACUCUCGGGAGAUGAGGACUUUGUGAUGGACUCGAUGGAAGUAUGGGCAGUGGGACAGCAGGAGAAGGGUGAGGAAGAUGAGUCCAAAAGGAGUGUCUUGGAUAUGGAUCCAGAAGUCCAGGCCAUGAUGGAGAUGACGGGGAAGACUCUUCACAGUCAAGGUCUCAGAAAGGCGAAGGACGACCAGGAGCAGUGAGGGUCAGCAAAAACACGCACUGUGUCAUCUGUGUUUAGUUUGCACUUCUUCUUCUUCUUCCAGUGGAUGUUCAAUUAUCCGGUAUGUAUUUACACAAAAUCAACACCAACAGACCUCAAACUGGCCUUUUAUUGCGGCCAGCCAAAUGCGCACCUGUCAAUAACACAGAUUUAGACACAUUUGUUAACAAAUAUGCCACCUCCGACAUGUAAAACAUUUACAACUUUCAGUUGAGCCCAUGAAAAAAGAACAAAAAUAAAAGUGUUGCAUAUGUAUUUUAUUGUUGAGUGUUUGGGAGUUUUUAUAUCAGUCAACUGUGAAAGAUAGUUGAUGUUUCAGGGGGAAAAUCCAUCGUAAAACAGGAACGCACAGCAUCAUCGUCUUCACAGAUUGAAAGUAGUAAAAAAAAAAGUUUUAUAUUGCACACAAAGGGCUUUUAGCUUGGCGUGGCGUGUUGUUGUGCGUGUUGUGAGAUGAUUCAAACCUGCAAUAAAAGCCUGUUGUUCCAGCGAUCAAGUCUGGUGCUUCCAUUACAGGUAUAGUAUGUCUCAAUCAACAUGACAGUAACACUACUGACACCUCGUGGCCAAAUUAGAAUACAUAUUCAUUCACAGCAUCUUUUGAGUGUCUUCUCGAUGCU